AUGACAUUCGAUCGGACUCGGUAUGUUUCCAAAGUUAAAUUUAUAAGUUUUAAAUAUAUUUUAAUCAAUAAUAGAUCAAACGUUCAUUCUGUUUAAAAACGUUUUUUAGAGGAUCUUUAUAUACAAUACUGGUGGUAAUUUUCCUCAGCAACAGUUGUUUAGCUGAAUAUGUUCGAUACGAUAGAGCCAAGACGUACAGCUUUGAUUGUCCUGAAGAGUUUCGAAAAAUAAUUGAAAAUCAUCCAAAAUUCAGGGCUACUGUAAGUUGUUUUUAAAUUUCUAGUCUAAAACCUUAGCCCAGACCCCUAGCCCAAAGCUCUAGCCCAGAGCCCUAGCUCAGAGCCCUAGCCAGUGCUAGGCUUUGUCUCAGUCUUAAAGCUGACCCUAGAUUUAGCUUUAGCCCUAGCCUAAACCCGAGCCUUAAUCUGAGUCCAAACUCUAAAUUAAGCUCUAGUCUUAGCCUUAAUCCUAUUCCUAUUCUUGGUCCUGACUCUCUGAUCCUGGUUCAGAUCCUGGUCUUACUGUUAAUCCUGGCCUUGGUCCUGGUCUUAGUCGUAGUAUUAGCCUUAGUCUUAGUUCUAAUUGUUGUCCUAAUCCAAGUUUUGGUUCAAACCUAAGCUUAUUUCUUAGCCCUAGCCCACACUCUCAACCCUAGCUUUAGCUCAUCGUAUCCUAUACGAUAGUAAAACAAAAAUACGAUUUUUUUCAGAGAAACAAAGUAACAUUAGAACUGUGGUCGUAUCAACGCGGGACCUCAGACAAUGCCAUUGCUUUUGUCACUCCAGAAGCCGAAGCUCAGUUUCUAAGUCUACUACAACAUUACCAGCUAAAGUAUCGUGUUUUGAAUCAAAAUGUGCAAAAGUAAGUCAAUAUCUCUAUCAAGAAUGUCACUUUACAUGUUCUUUUGCUGCUCUGUUUAUAAAAAUGUCAUAUCAUAUGGUUUUAAAAGUCAUGUCGUCAAUUUACACUAGUUUCUACACUAAAAAACGACAAGACUUUUGUGUUGCCUGUAAAUGACGUUCAUAGUACUAUAAGUUACAGUAUCAAGUAUAGUACUACAGUAAGCACAUUUAAGAGCUUAUGACAAAGAAAAGCGACGAAUGAAAAAACGAAAAUUUCGGUUAAGUUCAGACGCCAAGGGCAUAUUAUCCAUGGAUGAGUACCAUACGUAUGAAGAAGUAGGUUUAUAGUAAAACUUAGGACUGUAAACAAAGUUUUUGCUAUUUUAAGUAAUUUAAAAUGACAUUUUAAAAAUAUUUUACCUUAUUUUAGGUACAAAAAUCGGCUUUUUUGGCUUAAAAAUUUGAAUUUUCAUUUUCCCGCCAAGUUUGGCAUUGUGUUGCAUUUAUAGCCAUAUUUAGUCUUAUAUAGUGUUAACUGUUUCAGAUAGAGCAGUAUUUCAAAGAUAUUGAUGAGGUGUACUCGGAAAAAUGCAAGUUAUUCAACAUAUCAGCUACUUACGAGAAUAGGACGGUGUACGGUAUUAAGGUAGGGUCAUAUACAGUAUACUUUUGGAAAGAAGGGUAGGGUAUGGUAGGGUAUGGUAGGGUAGGGUAAGGUAGGGUAGAGUAGAGUAGGGUAGGGUAAGGUAGGGUAGGGUAGGGUAGGGUAGGGUAGGGUAGGGUAGGGUAGGGUAGGGUAGGGUAGGGUAGGGUAGGGUAGGGUAGGGUAGGGUAGGGUAGGGUAGGGUAGGGUAGGGUAGGGUAGGGUAGGGUAGGGUAGGGUAGGGUAGGGUAGGGUAGGGUAGGGUAGGGUAGGGUACGAUAAAAUAGGAUAGAGUAGAGUAUUCUAGCUUAGCCUAGCCUAGCUUAAUCUAAAAAUAUGAUUUUAGGUAUCACAAAACCUAACUCAAGAUACAGUAAAGCCCUCGGUAGUGGUGGUAUCUGGCUUACAUGCAAGGGAAUGGCUUGGCCAUGCUACAGCUCUGUACAUUCUGAAUGAGCUGGUCCACAAUCGACAAAAUAAGACAAUACACUGGAUGUUACAACACUUUGACUGUUAUAUCAUACCGGUCGGUAAUCCCGAUGGCUAUGUUCAUACCAUCAAUAAGGUAAAGUUGAAUUUUAGAAUGGCAGGAAAAUAUUUAAAGAACAUUUUAAACAUCUUUUAACAAUUUUUAACAUAAAAAAGCUAAAGAUUUCAUUGUGCAUCCUGCGAGUAUACGAUGAUUGACAUUUUGAGUUCUGUAAUGAAAAUUAUUGUCAUUUUGUGAUUUGUAAAUGAAGUUUAUGCCGUUAUAUGCUUUACAAAAACAAUUCUUGCCAUUUUCUGUCUUGUAAAGAAAGUUCUUGCAUUUUUAUAAAUCAAAAAUUUCAGAAUCGCCUGUGGCGAAAAACUCGGUCGAUAAAUCUGGGUGGAGUUGGUGUGGACAUGAACAGAAACUUUGGAUAUCAUUGGGGAGGUAUGUUUUAUCAUAUUUUGUCAUUUCAAAUUGAUUUAAGCUGUUUUUGAAAAAUUUCAUGUUUUCGUGGUGGGACGCAAAAAUUUAGGUAUUUAAAGAUUAACCUGAUUAAACGAAAAAACGAAAAAGCAAUUUUUAAACAUGACGUUUACUAUAUUUUAACAUUUACUAAGGUUUUACGAGCUUUGGAAAUUUUCUUGUUUUCGUGUUGGGACUCAAAAUUUAUGUUUUAAACUAACUCUUACUAUAGAGAAAUCUGAAAAGCAAUUAUUAAGCAUUUCAGUUACUUCAUUUUGAAGUUCACUAUGACUUUACGAGCCUUCAGAAAUUUUCUUGUUUUCGUGGUGGGGCUCAUUUAUCAAAAUUUUUUUAAAAAAUAUUGAUAUAAAACAAGUUAUAGUUAACCUUAGUGGUCUUAAAAAUAACAUUAUACAAUUUUCUUAAGUUGUAAAGACCUAAAGUGACCUCAUUUUAGAAGAACCCGAGUCAAACCUACCCUACGACGAGGUCUACGCCGGACCGGAGCCAUUUAGCGAAGUAGAAACAAAAGGAAUCGUUAACUUUAUCAAUAACACAAUAAAAAAUCAUGCCAUCUACCUGGACAUACAUGCCUUCAUGCAAGCCUUCCUAAUGCCCUGGGGAUAUACGAAAAGCAAACCAGAAGAAUAUAGGUAUCUAAAGGAGGUUUGUGCCAAUAUUGUGAAAAGGAUAAAGAUGUCAAAUGGAAAUACUUACAGCUGUGGAACUCCUCCGGAUCUACUCUGUAUGUUUUUAUAUUGCUUUAACGUUCUUUUGCUUUAUAACGUAGUAAAAAUGGGUUUUAAAGCUGAAAAGAGGGCUAAAAUCGCCUAAAAUAAGGUCAAUUUAGACUUUAUUUAGCUAUAACUCGCUUCAAAACCAACCAACUGGCCUAAAACUUGGUCACAAUACGCCCCGAUAUCUUCUUAAUAUAACAUAUACGCAUCUACCUCAAUAUCUUUAGAUAUAACCGCAGGCACAUCAAUGGACUACUACUACAGCCAAGGAGUGCCAAUAUCAAUGUCGGUGGAGGUGAGACCGUUCAGUGCCGAAGCCAAUAUGACCGAAUCCGUGUUCAAGGCGUCGAUGGCUUGGCCUCCGGACCAAAUUGUCCCAACCGGCAAAGAGGUCUUGGUCUCGUUACACGAAAUGGCAAAAUAUUAUAUUAACCAUGAGGAGGAGCUGGGUCGUAAUAAAUAA